AUGUCCUGCUCCGCCGCCCGCACCGCCGUGGCCGCCUCCUCGCACCUAGCCUCCAGGAGCCUCGCCCUCGCGUCGUACUCGUCGGCGAUGGCGUCCUCGGCCCUCUUCACCACGGCGGCCAGGAAACUCCCCGCGGCGUCAUCCCCGCGCAGGCCCAUGAGCUGGUGGUGGAGCUCGGGCGGCACCGCUUCCUGGGCUGGCGCAGCGGUCGUGACGGCGGCCUGGUGCUGCUGGGUGUCGGAGGCCAGGGCGCUCUCGGUGGCGAGGUGGUGGUGCGCGUCGGAGGCCAGGGCGCUCUUGGCAGCGAGGUGGUGGCGCGCGUCGGAUGCCAGGGCGCUCUCGGCGGCGGGGUGGUGCUGCGCAUCGGAGGCCAGGGCGCUCUCGGCGGUGGGGUGGCGCUGCGCGCCGGAGGCGAUGGCGUCGAGGACCUCGCCGGCGUCGGCGUUGGCGUCGUCCAUGGGCACGUUGUCGUCGCUUGACAUGCAAAUGCAGAGAGUGGGUUUGCGUUGGGUAGGAUGGAUUUGCACUUUCUGUAGUACUACAGCAUACAGUACUAGUUCAGUCGAUGGUUUAUUAAAUUCAGCGCAUUUCUUUUGCAAAGCUUUCUUCAUCAGUUUUCUUUUGCAAGCUUUCUUUAUCAUACCAUCUUCAUGCACAAAUAUCUUCUCUAGAACUAUUUUAAGCACUGUUAUUGUUCAGGGAGAUAUUAUGCUUGACGAGUGUUGUCAGCAUGAGGUGAGUGUUGGAUAA